AUGCAACACUUAUUGAAUGAUAUUAGUGCCGACACAGUGAAGGAAGAGAUCAUGCUUCUCAAAGUGGCCGAGUUGAAGAACGUUUGUCGUUCGAUAGGGCUUCCUUUGAGUGGUAGAAAGAUGGAAUUACAGGACAGGCUCUUAUCAUUUCUAAUGGCCCCCAGUCGAGCUGGCUUAAAUGAUCCAUUUCGGGUCCCAGCGGUGAAUAUUUUAGUUAAGAAGGCCGGUUGCGGUGAUCCAGUACCGAAAUAUGAGACUCUAUUACAUGCCCUCACGACAGGAUCAUUUUUACAUCCUGUGGCAACGGGCCAUCAAGACGCAGCUUCAUUACGUGCUUCUGGAAAUGCUGCGAUUGGUGGCGGAAACAUUAAUACUAAUAUUUCUACGAACAACAACAACAAUAUGAAUAAAAAUGCCAAAGCAUUUGGUGGGAAGCCUUUUCUGCGAUUUCAGCCUAGUCCAUUCUAUAGCUUAAAACGACUAAUAGGCUCUGAGUCUGCCCCAGAAGCGCCUAGCAAAAGAGGUGUAGCGAACAUUUCUUUUAGGCUAAAUGAAGAAGAAGUGAAAUUACUAAAGAGCAGCUCGAAGAUCAGGUUGUAUUUAUUCUGUGGUAUUAAUAAUUCAUUUGGCACUACUAAUGAUGUUCCUAUCCAAUUUCCGCUGAGGAACGAAAUAAAGUUUAACGAAGUACAAAUCAAGGACAAUGUUCAUGGACUCAAAAAUAAAAUCGGAACUGCUAAACCAGCAGACCUAACUCCAUACAUAAACUGGCCUCCAAAAUCAAACUUAUUACAGAUUGUUUAUGCAUUCACUAAAGAUGAUCAUAUGGUAUAUGUUUAUAUUGUUGAGUUAGUGGAAACUGAUGAAUUAUUGCAGAAAACAAUAAACAAUCCAAAGAUUGUAAAACCAGCAACAUUGCUCUACAUCAAGCAAACUCUCAAAGAAGAAGAAGAUGAAGAUUUAAUGACAACAUCCACUGUGAUGUCUUUACAGUGUCCAAUCUCUUAUUCUAGAAUGAAGUACCCCGUAAAGUCCAUUCACUGUAGACAUUUACAAUGUUUCGAUGCUCAAUGGUUUAUAGAAUCUCAGAAGCAAAUCCCCACUUGGCAAUGUCCUGUUUGUCAAAAAACUAUUCAUAUAGAAGAUCUUGCAAUUUGCGAGUUCGUACAAGAAAUCAUAAACUCGACAAAUGAAGAUGUGGAACAAGUUGAAAUUAGUCAAGACGGUAGCUGGCUGAUCAAAGACGAUACGGAAAACCACAAUGCAUCAUCUCAUAAUGGCGCAAACUCUACGGCAAAAGAAGAAGCAACACCCGAUAUCAAACCUGAGGAAUCUCAUGGACUGAUAUCGAAUGAAGAAAAGGCGAACUCAGAGCCUAUUAUAAUUUCCCUAGACAGUGAUGACGACGAGGAAGAAACUCAAUCGCCGUCACCACCACCACCACCACCACAGAGAGCAAUAGAAACAUCUAAUAACAAUUCUUCAAAUACUACGAAUGGCUCCAGUGAUCCCAAUAGUGCAGAUCUUAAUCAAGAUAACGACUUGCUCGAUGAUGAGGAUAUGGCGUUCAUUGAAGAAUUGGCCAACUCCAUUAUCGAUAGAGUUCCUAGGACAACCCAAGAAGAUAGAGAAGAACGAGAUGUACAAAAAAAUGGUCCAAUUUCUUCAGCGAGCGUGAGUAGCAGUAAUGAACAGCGGCAUAACAGUGACAGAAUAUAUCAGUCUCAACAGCGAAAAACUAGCUUGGAUCCCAAAGCUAAAGAGGCUGGUGGUCAAAACCCGAUAACUGAUCAUCGUCCUCAAAUACCAAACUUACUUGGGAGAACUCCUCUCAAUGCAGGGCCCUCAAACUCUUCUCCUCGUCUACCCACUAUGCCACAGCUGACGAAUGCAGACUCAAUACUUUUCAAUGACGCAAAUCAGUUUCGUUCGGUUGAAACUGAUCGUCAUAACCAGUCUGAUUCGCAUGUCCAUAGCAUGACAAGCCAACCACAACUUAACAGAACUGUGAAUAACUCUAUGAAUAACUCUUCUAGUAGUGAUUCUGAAUCCGCACCUCUACGAGCACAUGCGUCUCAUUCUUUCCCAGUAGCACAACCGUCUUUACCUCCACUUCCUAAUCUACCAACAAGACCAGGUUCAUCUAAUCUACCGACAAACCUUCCGCCAUCACCUAUCAUCCAAGAUCCUAGAAGAAAGAAACCGGAGGUUUCGCCCUUUUUGCCGAAGAAAAACUACAAAAACAUGUUACCAAAGAAGCGAAUUCAUUCAAAUAGUUCAACCUCCUCACAAAACGGUACUCCUCAAACUAACAGCACAAAUGUGGGUGCGCGUAAUACCUCUCCAAAUGCCGAAGCAUCGGGGCCACCAAAUGACUCACUUCAUUCUGAUGAUUUAAUCGACUUGACUUCUGACUAG